CUCUCUUUUUCUCUCAGCGCAAUCGGAUAAUCGAUGGCGCACGGCGGAUACGGCAAGCGGCGGGUCAAGCCCGCCGGCCGCCGGUCGAAGGCGCCGGGGGUGGAGAAGAAGCCGAAGGCCGUCUCGCUCAAGAACCAGAUUCGCAGCGUCGAGCGGAUGCUUCGCAAGGAUCUUCCUCCUGAAGUGAGAGAGGCACAGGAAAAGAAGUUAGAAGGACUCAAGAAACAGCAGGAAAUUCAUUCUCGUCUAGCUGUUGAGAAAAAGAUAUUCCUACGAGAUAGAAAGAUUAAAUUUUUUGAGAGAAGAAAGAUAGAAAGAAGAGUAAGACGGUUAGAGAAAAUGCAACGCACUUCAUCUGGUCCAGAACAAGAUGCUGCAAUUGCUGAACAGCUAUCUAAAUUGAAAGAAGAUCUGGAAUAUGUCAGGUUCUUUCCCAAGACAGAGAAGUAUGUAUCUUUAUUCUCUGGAGGUGAUGAGUCAGACAUGGUUGAUAGGAGAAAUGGAUUGCGUAAGCAGAUAAAAGCUAACUUAAUUGCUGCUGCAGCCAGUGGGAAAGAUUUGGAAGAGACUGGAAGUGAGGACGAUGGACUUUUGGAUCUAAGUGAGGAUGACUUCUUCCUUGCUGGAAGUUCAAGUGAUGAAGCUAAUGCAGAUGAUGAAUGGACAGAUAAAAGUUUGAGGGAGCAGGCUUCUAGUGCUUCAGGAAAAGCAGCAUCUGGUGUGUCAAGCGAUGAAAAAAAUCAGAGUCAGGUUUCUGCUCAAGCUUUAAUGCCUCCUCCUAGGCCAUCAAACAAGUCAUUUUCAGCAUCUGUUCAUGGUAAAUCAAGGUUUGGCUCUACAUCAAGGACAAAUCAGUCUGUUCGAAGAGCUGAAGUGUCUACAUCAAGCAACACAUCAAACAGCACAAGCAGAUCUUUUCAUGCAAGGGGAUCCUCAAACUCAAGGACUGGUCUUAGUAGUAACUUGAGUUCAAAUUCUGAUGCCCAUAAACCUCGAAGAAAAAGAAGGCCAAAGAAGAAAAAACAACAGUAUGGAUGUUGACCAAAAUUCAUAGCUCGACAGACAUUUUUGCAUUGCACUAUGGAAGUUGACCAAGGUUCACAGCUGUCUGAUUAGUUUUGAUUAUAAUUGUCAAGAGAAUGAAAGGUUUGCGUUCUCUUUGGGUCUUAGCUAAAAGAUUAACUGCAAGGCUGGGGAUAUGUCCAAGGAGGGGUGUUUAAGGUUUGUAAUUCUCAGAGAGGCUGCUGCUAUUGAACCAAGUACUGGCAUACCAUAUUUGGAUUUAAGUUAUCAAUGUAAUUUUCUUGUUAGUGGCAGUCCUGGACUCUCCGUUCAUAAUGAUUUACGUAAUCUCUGAAAACUAGGAUGUCUGUUUAUGUAUGCCUAUGGGAGAUGAUCAAAAUAUGUCUCCUGAAAAAGAAAUGUAAAGACCCACUUUUCUUGUUGGCGUCUGCAAAAA